AUGGCUCUCCUCUGGACCAAGGUGCUUCUUUGUACGACUCUCCUCCGCCCCUCUGGCGCUGCGCGUCCGCAAGCUCCACCGCUGCAUCAGGCGGCACAAGCUGAGCAUCCUGUGUCAAAGGCUACACUUUUGGCUUCGCAGCUGCCUUGGCGGAGCUUCCUGCAGAUGUUUGAGUGGGAGCCGCACUCGAAUCACCCGAAUCCCACGGAACCGCCACCGCCAGAAAUUGUUCAAAAAUGCUUUCAGGAAAUGCAGCCGCUAGUCGAGAAAGAAUAUCGUGCGCUUGAGCCAGACAUCAAGGAAGCGCAGCAGAAUCCACACGGCGCCGACGGCAUGAAGGACAUCGAAGACAUGCAAAAGGUUUGGGAAUCCCAGAAGAAGCACUGCGAAAGUGACAAAGACAUGGAGCUUUGCUCUCUGGAAAUCAAGAUGGGAAGAUACAUGUCAGCCUCACUGGCAGACUUGUGUUUGAAGAAGUCUUGUGUAGACUCACAAACGCAAAAAUGGCUGCGGGACAAAGCAUACGAACAUCAACAGACAAAGGGCAUGGAAUUUGAGCUCACCUGCUCCGCGUACAAGAUGGGUUGGUCCUUCAUCCUGACACUGGCGGACCAAUUGGUAAUAUCCUUCCUUAUGCAUGCCCUGCCCGAUUCGACCCGAUCGACACCGAUCCAUCCGACCCGAUUUGCAGCGAUUCGAUGCGAUUUGCCGAUCGAGGGCAUGGCAGACCUAGUGAGCCUUCAGUUCCCCAUGGCAGACGGGUACUACCUCUACCAGUUCUCCUCCUUCGGCUACGUCAAGCAGUCGACGCAGGCUUUGGUGGAUGGGAUGUUCGAAGCAGUGCGGAUGGCGCACCACAACAUUCGUCCGGCGCAGGUGUUCCUGGGCCACGGGCCCGUGGAUAACAGCACCGUCCCUGGCUGCCCGAUGCCGCAUUGCGCUUCACGCAAUCGGAGCCCAACGUCUUAUCUGCACAACCCGGAAGAGGAGAGAGCGGAGUACGAUGGAAACACAGAUAAGAUCAUGGAUCUCUUGAAAGUGACGGACGCCGCCACAGGGGAAGCCAUGGGAACUUUGAACUUCUUCCCGGUCCACACCACCAGCAUGAAGAGCAGCAGUGGCUUGAUUUCAGGCGACAACAAGGGCUACGCCGAAUAUGCGUUCGAGAAGGCCAUCAACGGAGCCAGCGAGCAGAACCCUGCCGGCCGAGGGCCCUUUGUGGCAGCUUUCGCUCAGGGUGCAGCCGGUGACGUCUCUCCGAACGUACACGGCUCCUGGUGCGAGGGAACCGGGACCAGCUGCGAGACUGCUCAAUCCGUCUGCUACGAGGGCCGCACCCCGCGGAACUCCCGCUGCAUCGCCUGGGGACCCGGAGGCCGAGACAUCCUCAAGUCCACGAAGGAGAUCGGCGAACGCCAAUACCUUGCUGCGAGGCACAUCUUCGACCGAGCCACCACCCCGGCGGGCGAUGGGGUCGACUACAGGAUCCGGUAUGUUGAUUUGACCAAGUACUUCUUCAAGUACGAGGAUGGCUCACAUGGUCGCACUUGCAAACCGGCGAUGGGUACAUCCUUUGCCGCUGGCACCACCGAUGGUCCGAGCAACGUGGAUGAGUUUGGGCAGAACAUGACUCCCACCAGCGGCUUCCUCAGGUUCAUGGGCCACUUGCUGUCGAUGCCCACUGCGGAAGCCAAGAGUUGCCAUGCGCCCAAAGACAUCCUGCUCUACACCGGAAGCAUGAAGGCGCCCUAUCCGUACAUGCCCUCGAAGAUGGCCUUUCAGCUCAUCCGCAUUGGGAACCUGAUCAUUGCUGGUGUGCCUGGGGAGUUCACCACCAUGGCCGGGCGGAGAACCGCCAAAGCCCUCAAGAAGAUCUUCGUGGAGAAAGGUGUUGUGAGUCCAGAUGCUCGCGUGGUUAUCAACAACUGUGCCAGCGGCUAUGCUGGCUACGUUACGACUAUUGAGGAGUAUCAGCACCAGCGCUACGAGGGUGCAUCCACUGCUUAUGGCCCCCACACUCACGGCGCCAUGACCAGCAUACUCAAGGAGAUGGCAAAGGAGAUGGCGGAGGGCAAAGCCUACCGUUGGCCUGGUGCCCCGCCAUCGAUUCCCACAGAAGCGCAAUUGUGGGAGGGCCAGAGCGACGUCGUCUCCGACGAUCCUCCUAUCGGUGGCAAAUUCGGUGACGUGAAGUCCGAUGUGCUGGGCCAGAACUACCGCCCAGGUGCCGUGGUGCAGGCUACGAUCUGGGGGGCGCAUCCGCGGAACAACCUCCGCCGGAACUCCACCUUUGCGUCCGUUUGGCGCUCCGAGGAUGGCAAGGCGCCUUGGAAAAUGGUGGCAGAUGACAACGACUGGGAGUUGCGUUUCGAAUGGAAGCGUGUAGGCAUAUCGGCGAGCACCGUGACGAUCACUUGGGAGAUCCCGGAGGAUGCGAAGACGGGAUUCUACUCUUUGCACUACGGCGGUGAAGCGAAACACUUGGGGAAGAUCAUCUCCAUCAGUGGUCACAGCCGAACUUUCCGUGUGGAGAGACCGCCGGAAAGCGUUGCCACAGAGUGA